AUGGCUCAAUCGGUUCCACCAGGAGACAUCCAAACUCAACCAAACGCGAAGAUCGUCUUCAACGCGCCUUAUGAUGAUAAGCACACCUAUCACAUCAAGGUGAUCAACUCGUCGGCUCGCCAGACUUGGAGUCGAUCCUCCAUGCGUGACCCAAAGGAGGCUGUUCUUCUUGCUGUUUCCUGCGAUGCCUUUGCCUUCGGACAGGAGGAUACCAACAACGAUCGUAUCACUGUUGAGUGGACCAACACCCCUGACGGUGCUGCCAAGCAAUUCCGUCGCGAGUGGUUCCAGGGAGACGGAAUGGUCCGCAGAAAGAAUCUUCCAAUCGAGUACAACCCAUAA